AAAAUAUAUAGCAAAAGGAAAUGUUCAUAUUUAUGUAAUGAGUCGGAAAGGUUGCGCAAUUACGUACGUUCAUUCAAUCCAUAGUCAACCGUGCUCCGAUUAAAGAAAUUCUUUUACAAUUUCAUUCUCUUGAAAAUAGUCGAUUAUUUGAUUUACUUACAACGUUAUCAAUUAUAUAUACAGAUGAAUCCACUUAUAAGUCGCGUAAUUUCCGUCACUGAACGACUGUCACUUGGUUAUAUCGUACGACAAUUUCGAGUAUCAUCUCAAAACAUGGUUAUUGCUGCAGGACAAAAACUACCCACAAUUGAUCUUUUUGAAGAUUCUCCUGUAAAUAAGGUGAAUCUUGCUAAGAUUGCAAAUGGAAAAAAAAUUAUAAUUUUUGGAGUGCCAGGAGCUUUCACACCAGGAUGUUCCAAGACACAUCUUCCUGGUUAUGUACAGAAAGCUAACGAAUUAAAAUCUAAAGGAGUUGCAGAAAUUUUUUGUAUUUCUGUAAAUGAUCCGUUUGUAAUGGCAGCAUGGGGUAAAGAACACGGAGCAGAAGGAAAAGUACGUAUGCUAGCAGAUCCAACAGCUCAAUUUACAGAUGCAAUGGAACUAUCGGUAGAUUUACCAGUACUGGGUGGAAAAAGAAGUAAACGAUAUUCUAUGCUCCUUGAAAAUGGAGUAGUUAAGGAAUUGAAUGUUGAGCCUGAUAAUACAGGUCUUACUUGUUCCUUGGCUGAAAAUAUUAAACUUUAGAAAAUACACUAUUAAAUAUUACGUAGCAGUUCGUUAUUUAGUAAAUUAUAAACAGAUGCUUUGAUUAAUUUAUAAAUUCUGUUAUAUAUGUACGUAUAUAAUAAAAUGAUUAUUCGUUACCCAGAA